GUUCCAGGUGACUUGCCCAAGAUCAUAUGCAAGUGGCCAAGUCAUGACUAGAACUCAGAAUUCCCAAAUUAAUAUUUAGGGUGUCUGCUUAGCACUGCAUCCACUGGUGUUGCCCAAGUUAGUUAUGGGGCCUGCGAUCUUUAAAGAGGGCAUUUAGGAGACCUUUUCUCUCCAUUCUUUCCCAGCUCUGCUGUGACCGAGGCCUGAGCUGUCCCCAUCAGGGAGCUCGCUACCUGCUUCUCCCAGACCCGUGAAGAUGACUCACGUGUACCCCAAUUCAUUCUGAGCCCCUGGUCUUCAGACGAACAAAAGCCUAAACUCUCCUAUUUGAAAUUCGUUUUCGAUCAACCAGUAGACAUGAUGAAUAUCAAGGCCUUUAGACUGGUCUCUGCCGUGGAGCGGGAGCUGCUGAUGGGCGACAAAGACCGCAUCAAUAUAGAAUGCGUUGAGUGCUGCGGGAAGAGCCUCUACGUUGGCACCAACGACUGCUUCAUUUACCACUUCCUGUUGGAGGAGAAGACGCUGCCCACCGGGGCGGCCGCGUUCACUGCCACCAAGCAGCUGCACAGACACCUGGGCUUCAAGAAGCCGGUGAACGAGCUGAGGGCAGCGUCGGCCCUCAGCAGGCUCCUGGUGCUCUGUGACAACUUCAUAACCCUGGUGGACACGAGGAACCUGCAGCCCAUUCCCACGGGCGCCCGCAUCAAAGGGGCGGUGACGUUUGCUCUGAACGAGAACCCGGUGAGCGGGGACCCCUUCUGCGUGGAAGUCUGCAUCAUUUCCGUCAAGCGCCGGACCAUCCAGAUGUUCCUGGUGUACGAGGACCGGGUCCAGAUCGUCAAGGAGGUGUCGACCCCGGAGCAGCCCUUCGCCGUGGCUGUGGACGGCCACUUCCUGUGCCUGGCGCUGACCACGCAGUACAUCAUCCUCAACUACAGCACGGGCGUCUCGCAGGACCUGUUUCCCUACUGCAGCGAGGAGAAGCGCCCCAUCGUGAAGCGGAUCGGGCGGCAGGAGUUCCUGCUGGCGGGCCCCGGAGGGCUGGGCAUGUUUGCAACAGUAGCUGGGAUAUCCCAACGUGCCCCUGUCCACUGGUCAGAGAACGUGAUUGGGGCAGCUGUUUGCUUUCCAUAUGUCAUAGCUCUAGAUGAUGAAUUCAUUACGGUUCAUAGCAUGUUAGAUCAACAGCAGAAGCAGACCCUGCCCUUCAGGGAAGGCCACAUUCUACAGGACUUUGAAGGAAGAGUGAUUGUUGCUACAAGUAAAGGAGUUUACAUCUUGGUUCCAUUACCUCUGGAAAAACAAAUACAGGAUCUUCUGGCAAGUCGAAGGGUGGAAGAGGCAUUGGUAUUAGCAAAAGGAGCCCGGAGGAACAUUCCAAAAGAAAAAUUUCAGGUUAUGUACAGGCGGAUUCUGCAGCAGGCGGGGUUUAUACAGUUUGCACAACUUCAGUUUCUGGAAGCUAAAGAGCUCUUCAGAAGCGGCCAGCUUGACGUCCGGGAGCUGAUCUCUCUGUACCCCUUCCUGUUGCCCUCCUCCUCCGCCUUCACACGGUCUCACCCUCCUCUUCACGAGUACGCAGACCUGAACCAGCUGACCCAGGGGGACCCGGAGAAGGCAACCAAGUGCAAGUGCUUCCUCAUGAGCUACCUGAAUGAAGUCCGCAGCACUGAGGUGGCCAACGGCUACAAGGAAGACAUCGACACGGCCUUGCUCAAGCUGUACGCGGAGGCUGACCACGACAGUCUGCUGGACCUCCUGGUCACCGAGAACUUCUGUCUGCUCACGGACAGCGCCGCCUGGCUGGAGAAGCACCACAAGUAUUUUGCACUUGGGCUGCUCUAUCAUUAUAAUAACCAAGACGCUGCUGCACUUCAGUUAUGGGUGAAUAUUGUGAAUGGAGAUAUUCAUGACUCCACGCGCUCAGACCUCUAUGAAUAUGUCGUUGAUUUUCUUACCUUCUGCUCAGACCAAGAAUUAGUGUGGAAGUACGUGGAUUGGGUGUUACAGAAAAGUGAGGAGGUUGGAGUUCAAGUUUUCACCAAGAGACCUUUGGACGAACGGCAGAAGAAUAGUUUUAGUCCCAAUGAUAUUAUCAAAUGCCUUAAAAAAUACCCUAAAGCCCUUGUAAAAUAUCUGGAACAUCUAGUUAUAGACAGAAGACUGCAGAAGGAAGAGUAUCACACUCACUUAGCUCUCCUAUACCUGGAAGAGGUGCUGCGGGAGAGAACCAGUGCCAGUGGCAAGGGCACCGAAGUCACCGAGACGCAGGCAAAGCUACGCAGUCUGCUCCAGAAAUCCGACUUAUACAGAGUCCACUUUCUGAUAGAUAAAAUCCAGGGCACCAGCCUUCACAUGGAGCGCGCCAUCCUGCACGGGAAGCUGGAGGAGCACGGGAAAGCCCUGCACGUCCUGGUCCAGGAGCUGAAGGACUUCCCGGCGGCGGAGGACUACUGUCUGUGGAGCUCCGAGGGCCGGGAUGCCCCAUACCGACAGCGGCUCUUCCACACGCUGCUGGCCCUUUACCUCAACGCUGGCCCCGACUGCGAGCUGGUGGUGGCCGCCGUGGACCUCCUGAACCGCCACACCGCCGAGUUCGACGCGGCCCAAGUUUUGCAGCUGCUGCCCGACACCUGGUCAGUCCAGCUCCUCUGCCCCUUCCUGACGGGGGCCGUAAGGAGCAGUCUGCACACCCGGAGGAUGACGCAAGUGGCCCUGGGUCUGGCCAAGGCUGAGAACUUAAUCUACAAAUAUGAUAAGAUGAAGUUAAAGGGAAGCUCAGUCCGGCUCUCAGACAAAAAGGUUUGCCAGAUGUGCCAGAAUCCCUUUUGUGAGUCGGCGUUUGUUAGAUACCCCAACGGCGGUCUCGUCCACACCCACUGCGCUGCCAGCAGACCCGGGAGCCCAGACUCCCCCGGGCCUGGCAGCCGGACUUGAAAACAAUCUACCUGAGGAUGGGGCGUGAAUUCCUCUUCCUUCCCAAGCCCGCCGGUGCCGAGAGCAGACAGCAGCUGCUCUCUGCAGCGGCCAAGACGAAGGGAUUGCACCCCGGGUGCUGGGGGGACUCCAGUCGGUGUGAAACAGGGAGUCACUCUACUGCCCACUUUAUAGGAAUGUGAAUGGAAAAAUAACUGAAAAUAUCGAAAAGAGAGACAUUGGAGAUUAACUUGUCCAGGUACAUACUAAUCAAAAAGAAAUGUCUACUUUGAAAAAUAAGCCUUUCCUGUGCUAUCCAGACAAGUCAGAUCACUCCACCCCCUGCCCCACUCCCAACCCCCCAUAGCUUUAGACUCGUUUGCACUGAAAACAUUUUGCUUCCACAUGGCUCGGAGAUGCAGCCCUUGCUUGUCCAGGUGACCCGCCAGGGCUCCGAGCCCCAGUGGGGCAGGCUUCAUCCUACACACCUUUCUUCCGGGGGACAGGUACUCCCUGUUCUGGCACAGCCGCUGGGGAGGCCCAGUCCAUUUCUCAGGGGUACAUAGCGUGCUCCUUCUUUGCCCUCAGAACUGGCCGACCUUAGGAAGGUCUUCUUGUUCCUUGUUUCUUCCCAUCCAUCUCUCCACCCGGAGAACAUUCUGCCUUGUUUACGUGAACACUUACUUUGGGGUGAGUAUGUAUGUGUGCUUCUGGCUGCACAGCGAGUGAGGACCUGUUGGAAACUGAUGAUGCCACCAGGAAAGAAGCUGCUUUCACCGUUUUGAAGACUAGCAGUCAGCAGGGGAAAUGUGGCCACGGGCUCAGUUGUAUGUUCCUUUUCUGCUGGUUUGAAACUCCAUAAUCAACACAUUUGACUCAGAGUUUUGUUUGAACUUAUAUUUGUAUUUUUUCUCUUGUUUAGAAAUUCAUCUCAUGUUUGUUAGGGGUGUUUUUUCUUGAUAAAAUGUACCUCCUGUUGAAAGCUUGGGAAAUUAAAAGGGAAAUAUUGAUAAGCACAAACUGAACUUUAUUUUCAUGAGAGGCCACUUUUAAACUCACGCCCUUAGGGCAGGCAUUUGGUGAAAGCUGCCCUUACACAGUGACGGAGGAGCUGUCUUUCCUGAGGGGUGUUUCCACAGACUCCUUUAAGGAAAUGCAGUCAGGCUGCCUUACCUCACAGUGCUUUAAAUGCCUGCUCGCAAGUUUACUGCUAACAGAAAAAUGCCUCUUGUUGGUAGCAGAUUGGGAGUUCAUUUUGUGUUUCUCUGUAACACUGCUGAUGAACUGAAGCUCUCGCUAUUUCACUGCCCAUUUUUUCAACUUACUGUGAUUACUGAUUCUGUCAGGAAGUGGCGAUGUAAGAAACUAUACUGCUAGAACACAUGAAAAACAAGCUUUAGCUUGCGCGUGUGACAGGUGACACUGGGAAACACCCUGUCGUCGUCAGCCCAAGCCUUCCUGAGGUGAGUUGAAGAGCUCAUCCCCUGUUUUUUAAAAAAUGAUUCCUAAACUAAUAAUGGUCAGUAUUUUUUCCCUAAUGUGAUUGUAACUGGUCGAAGAAGUAAAGCAUCAAUGCAUUGCAUUCUCUCCCAACUAUGUCUCGAUUAUAUAAAGAAUAAAUGAUUAUGAAAUUCCCCUUGUAGCUCAACGAUUAUGCUGUGUAACUCAGUGUGAAUGUGAAGCCCGGUCAUGAGUUUUCCAUCGUGGAUGACUUACAAAAUGGUCAUGGUAUUGCGUGCAUUAGCAUUACAGCUUGUGAAUUUGAGUUGAUCUCCUCAAAGAACACGUUACUAAUCUGUGCGAGCAUUGCACUUUUGAAAGCACUGUUUCUCUGUAAACAUACAAAAGCUUGGAAAAGCCCAUGGUUGCUCAUUCCUAACUCGAGGAUGCUGAUCUCUCUUUUCUCUGAGCACUGAUCAAUAAUUUGAAAUGUUUGUUAUCCUUUAAAAUAAUGGGCACUAAAGUUGAACCGUUUUCCAUCUCUGUUGAAUCCUUUAAUACAAGCAGAGUUCUGCAGCAAUGUACAGAACUAUCUCCAUGCUAAAAGCCAUGCUUUGCUCUAACCUGUGUCUGACUCCCACAAGGACUCCCUUUCUUCAAACAAUAUUUUUUAAAAGAAACCCAUCAUUCUUUCCCAGGGGCCUACUGUUUUGUGACUGUGCCAUUGAAGAAAGCAAUGGGAACCUUCUCUUAGCCUUUUUCCCCUCGUUAGUUUCAGUGUAACCGUUCUGGUUAAAACAGCAUGAACUCAACUCAGUUUACAUUAAUAUUCUGUGGGCAGUAAUACUCAGUUUUAUGAACUGUUUAUCUGCUGUUGCCAAUCAAGUAUUAAUGUAAAAGUGUCACGUAGGCUGUAGAGCAUUGGUCUGAACUCAGAUCUAAGAAAGCUCCUGCCGAUGAGCUGGAUAAAAUGUGCUUGCUUACUUCCAGAGUGCAGGGAGACUGAAGUGGUUGCUUUUUGCUUGCUCUCCUCUGGAAACCUUAGUCCUCGUGCUUUAUUCUCCAUUCCUGAUUGGGUCCCAGACACAUAAAAUGUACAAAUGUAAACUUGUUGAUUUUAUUAAAAUUCUUUUAAUUCUUUGUU